GGAUCCUGGCGCGGGCGGUGAAGCUCCGCACCGUCAACGCUGUUGACGCCGGUACGCGGCGCUCACGCGGUUGACGGUGUCUGAGUCGACACCGCGCGCGCGACCUUGUCUGCAUUUAGGAACCCGUGUUGCACUGAUCUGCCGCAAAGGCGGUCGUGCUUGCACACCUGACACGUCAUAACCGCCAAAGUUGACAACGACCGCGAUUUGUCCAUCUCGUUCAAGCUACAUAAGCUCAGCGAGCGCGACCACGUGCAUAGCAAAAAAGACUUCCUGCAUACAUAGCACUCGGACUUUUAGAGCCUGCUUGCAGCGACUCGGAAGCGUUUCGCUCCUUGCCGAACUCGCGCCGCUCGCUCUCGCAACAAUGGCGCUCUCCAACUCUGCUCCGGCUCUGGCCAAGAGCUUUAUGCAAGUCAUGACACAGGCGCUUGGCGCUGCUGCGGGCCGCGGCCUGACCACCAGCGCCGCCGCCUGCGCGCCGCCGCCCAAGCGGCCGCAGCAGUACACGCCGCCGCCCAAGCGCUCCUCCAUUGUGGAGCCCAGCUACACCUACAUGCCGCCCGGCAGCUCCAUGCGCGAGCCGCUGUACUUCAGCAUGAGCGACCCCGUCUACUUUGUGGACCCGCGCCCCGACCCCCAGCAGGCUGCGGCCGCCGCAGCCGCGCAGGCGCCCUCCGGCGAGGAGAAGACCACUAAGAGCGUCAAGACGCAGAUCCAACAGCAACAGCUGCAAGCCAAGAAGAGCGCCGGCGGUUCGUCAUCUUCAUCUUCGUCGCCAGCACCCAAGAUCGACUUCUCCGCUAUUUCCGGCAGGCACGGUGACGAUGGCCGGCCUGUGAGCUACCGCAUGGCUGAUGACAUGGCGCAGGUCCCCUACGUGACCAACCCGGCCACCCACUCCAUGCGUGAGCCCAAGUACGUGUCCAUCAGCGACCCCAAGUACGUCGCCUCCACCUCCCCGCCCUCCUCGGCCGGUGCGAAGAAGUAAAGGGACGGAACCCAAGGCGGCGGCAGGUGGCGGCGGCGGCAGUGCCAGGCAGCAAGCAGCGGCGGCAGGUGGCGGCGGCGGCAGUGCCAGGCAGCAAGUGGCGGCAGCAAGUGGCGGCGGCAGGUGGCGGCGGCAAAGGUAUUGGGUGGUUGGCUGGCGGGAUGCGACGGAUGCGGGAUCAAUGAGGCGGCGGCGGCGGUUGAGUGGCAAGCGGCUGGCUGGCCGGCGGGAAUGGAGGAUCUGGGGUUCGGAUCUGGAUUUGGUCUGGGACUGAAGGUGGCAAUGCGUGAGCAUUUUACGCAGGUGCGUGGCCUGCGGGGUGCAGCAGCCAAUUGCCACCACUGCUCGCGUUCGAUGCAGCUUGGUGGCGGCGGGGGCUUGCAGCGGAUGCGGCUGAACUCGCUGAUUGCGGUGCUUUACGAGGGCGUGUGUGUGCGAGCAUGUGCAUGUUUUAGCUGUGUGCAGCUUCAGGCAAUGCGUGAGAAGGCUCGAGUCUAAAAAGCGGUGUUGUCAGCUGGACUGGACUGCAGGGUAGGAUCAGUCCCGCAAACAGUAGUUGCACGGCAACGCUGGAUCCCACAAACGGUCAAGGGGCCAAUUGUGAGGAUCAGCAUUCGCACGCGGCGGCGGCGGCGGCCUGCAAAGCACCAUGAGUCAAGAUUGAGUUUUGAGCUGGCUGGUUUGAGGGUUUGAGUCUUUGAGAGCUUUCUUGGGUAUGUUAUGUUUUAUUGCGUGCGGGAACUCUCAGCCCCUCAGGCAGAGAAGAUUCGCAGGUGCACAAAUGAUUGAUCGCUGUUGGCUUGACUAACGGCUCUGGAAUUGCAGAGGGCGUGUGUAGGCUAAAUCUAUCAAGACGCGCUUGGCCUUGCCAAAGCAGAACUUGUAAAUACGUUUCGGA